AUGGCGCUUGCUGCGAAGAACAAAAUUGCGUUCAUUGAUGGCUCCAUCCCACGGCCUGAAUCUGGUAACACUCUUCUCCCAUCUUGGUUGCGUUGUAACAAUAUGGUGAUGUCCUGGUUAGUCAAUUCUGUUUCACCUGAAAUCGCUCAAAGUAUUAUGUACUUUGAUCAAGCCACCGAUAUGUGGCAAGAUAUAGCUGAAAGGUUCAAUGAGGGCAAUGGACCUCGUAUAUUUCUUGACUAUUACAAUCGAAACCAAGUCUUGCAAUUUCUCACUGGCUUGAACGAGUCAUAUGCCUCGGUUCGAGCCCAAAUUGUGUUAACUGAACCACUACCGAACCUCUCUCGAGUCUUUGCUAUGAUAGUUCAAGAAGAGCAUCAACGCACUCUCGGAUCUUCAGAAAACCCACCUCUUGCCUCUUCGGUUCGCCCACCAUCUACUGAUCCUCCAAGAAGUAAAAAACCUCGGCCUUCUUGUUCUCACUGUGGCAAACCAGGUCACCUUGUGGAUAAAUGUUUUUUCCUCCAUGGUUUCCCACCUGGUUAUGGGGACAAAAAGAAGGCUGAUAAAGGAAAGGCUCCAGCCAAUCACACCUCCUCUACACCGAAUGCAAAUCACACAACAGCCCCCAAUAUCCCUGCUGAUCUUACAUCACAAUGUCAACAAUUAAUAUCCCUCCUCAGCCAGCAGCUCAGCCAAGCAACUCCAUCUGCUGAAAAUACACUAGCUGCUUCGAAUAUGGCCGUUUUACCUACUGGUGGGUUGGUACAAGUCACAAAAUGUGGCACAGUUUGCAUCAAUAACUCUCUUGUUUUGCAUAAUGUCCUAUAUGAUCCUUCUCGGAAGGUGGUGAUUGGGAUAGCUAAGAAACAUGACAAAUUGUACCUCCUAUCUCAAGACAAACCACUUGCUGCUGCCUCUAGUCAAUCUUCUUUCGAUUUAUAUACAUCAAAUGUAAACCAAUGGCACAAUCGCCUUGGUCAUCCAUCAUUGUAUAUUUCGAAUUUUAUAAAUAAAAAAGAUUGA